GGGACUCACAGCGACACUCCGCCGCUCUGCAGUCCCCGUGCCCGUGAACUUGUCCUCCUGCUCGGCCUUCCCUGUCCCAGGUUUGCCCACGGGACCACCACUUACGUAACCGCCCCCCCUCUCCAAAGCCCCUGCGUAAACUUUACCAACUGGACUUUUACGCGCGAGUGGAGAUGGAGCGUCUUGCAAGCUGCCCAUAGACCACUCCUGCCCACUGCCCCAAAAGCCCCCUCUUCCUCCACUCCCUUUGACUGCCCCCUGAACAGGACUGUGGCUCCAAGCAACAUAAUCUGCUUCUCUGUGAGGCUUUUAUAAUGUGAGCCUUGUUACCUGGACCUGCGGGGGUGGAAUACUGCUGUUUUUUCUAUUUCGUAUUGUGGGUAAUUACCAACACAGUAAAUGCCCAGUUUUAAUUUGACUGUGUUGAAAUCAGGGAGAUAGAGUAAAGUCUAAAUGUGCUCAAGUUGGAGUUCUUUUUGUUUUUCUAAUGAUCAAGUAAGAGCUAAAAAGUAUAGCAAGUAAAAACUAUACUUUCUUAUAAUACUAAUUGUAUUUUUUGUGGCAAGUUUAGAUUUGCAAUUCAUGUUUUAAUAAUAGAAGUAUUUUGUUCAAAGUUCUCAUUUUAAACUCAUCUAGAAGAAUUUACAAAAAAAUUUAAUCUGAACUGGAAAUUUAAUGCAAGAAUUUUACACAGACUUAUAAUAAUAUUUGUGGAAAUUGGAAAAAAUUAUGGAAUUACAAAAACUGCAGCUUUUGCCGUUUGCUAUUAGGCAACAAGGAAUCAAUACAUAAGCAAAUUCAGAUAGAGUUGUCAGAAUUGUACUUCAAAUUGCACUUCAAACUCAAAUAGUAUGUUACAGAAAAUCUAUUUUUAGAAGCAAAGUUUGUUUAGAAAAUGUUUGCACUUUUUCUGACCCAUAAUGUCGUAGUCUUAGCUGGUUAUUAAGAUAUUUGUAAUGGCCACCUCCUCUCAGGACAAGGAGAAACCCCUGUUACAGCUCCAGGAGGUGGACUCUAGCAGGGCAGUGAAUCGAGUCCUCUCCCCCCUCAUGGGCUCCUCGUCCCCGGCCCUGUCCAUCGAAGCCGCUCCCCCCAUCUGCAUCCCCUCCCCCUACACCGAACUGGCCCCCGACUACACCUCCUUACCCUUCUACAGUCCCACCAUCUUCAGCUACAACAGCACGGGUCUGUCGGAGUGCUCCACGGUGCACCAGAGCCUGAGCCCCUCCCUGUUCUGGUCUGGGCACGGACACGUGGGGUCCCCCUUGCCCCUGCACCGCUCCCAGGCUCGCCCCACCCACACCCAGACCACUCCGAGUCCCUGGGUGGAGAUACAGCCCAGGGACAGCGUCUUAAUGACAAGCAAAAGAAGACGUUCCCAGGAGAGUGAUGAGGGCGUGGUCUCUUCUGGCGUAAAAUCAGACCUGCACUACUGCGCUGUGUGCCACGACUACGCUUCAGGAUACCACUACGGAGUCUGGUCCUGUGAGGGCUGCAAAGCUUUCUUCAAGAGGAGCAUUCAAGGCCAUAAUGACUACAUCUGUCCAGCCACCAAUCAGUGCACUAUCGACAAGAACCGCCGUAAGAGCUGCCAGGCCUGUCGUCUGCGCAAGUGCUACGAAGUCGGCAUGACUAAGUGUGGUAUGCGUAAAGAGCGCGGCUCCCUUCGCUCUCCCCAGGUGUCGCGGCGUUUGACCCGCUUGUCCUCUCAGGGCCGGAGUACAGGAUCCAAGCUAUUACCUGUGCCCUCUGUAGUACCACACACAGAGCCACGCCCCCCUGCCCUCACCCCGGAGCAGCUGAUUGGUCGGAUCAUGGAGGCGGAGCCACCAGAGAUCUACCUCAUGAAGGACAUGAAGAGACCCCUGACCGAAGCCAACGUCAUGAUGUCACUCACCAACCUGGCAGACAAGGAGCUGGUUCAUAUGAUCACAUGGGCCAAGAAGAUCCCAGGCUUCGUGGAGCUGAGCCUGGUGGACCAGGUGCACCUGCUGGAGUGCUGCUGGCUCGAGGUGCUGAUGCUGGGCCUGAUGUGGAGGUCUGUGGACCACCCUGGGAAACUCAUCUUCUCCCCCGACCUCAGCCUCAGCAGAGAGGAGGGCAGCUGUGUGCAGGGCUUUGUGGAGAUCUUUGACAUGCUGCUUGCCGCCACGUCCCGAGUGAGAGAGCUCAAACUGCAGAGGGAGGAGUACGUCUGCCUCAAAGCCAUGAUCCUGCUCAACUCCAACAUGUGCCUGAGCUCGUCGGACGGCGGCGAGGAGGUGCAGUCUCGCUCUAAACUCCUGUGUCUGCUGGACGCGGUCACAGACGCUCUGGUGUGGGCCAUCGCGAAGACCGGCCUGAGCUUCAGACAGCAGUACACGCGCCUGGCCCACCUGCUCAUGCUGCUGUCCCACAUACGGCACGCCAGCAACAAAGGCAUGGACCACCUCCACUGCAUGAAGAUGAAGAACAUGGUGCCUCUGUACGACCUGCUCCUGGAGAUGCUGGACGCCCACAUCAUGCACAGUUCUCGCCUGCCCCGUCACCCCGCACAGCUGGACCCCCGGGACCCCACGGUGACUCAGGAGACACCACUCAGCCCCCUCAGCGGUCCGUCUAACACAUGGACUCCCAGUGGGGACUACAGUCAGCCAUCAGAAAUUUUCAAAGCGCCUCAGUGAUUUCAGAAAAGUGAAUAUUCUGGGAGGGAAUUUCAACGACUGUGAGCUUAGUGGUCAAACGUAGUGUUUUUAUGUCGUAACUUCAGACAAACCAAACCUGUGUCGUUGCCUUAGCACCACAAGGCCUAAGCAGUAGUUGUACUUAUUAUUCAUUUCAUAUUGUUGUAACUAUUUCUUCUUUCACUUCAGAAAAAUAUACUUUAUAAACAAACAUGGCAGCUCAGAGAAACCCAGCAACUGUUAAAUGCCUUUUUACAGCUAGUUUCAUUUGCUAUGCCUUGCUCAAGGGCACAACACACUAAAAUCUCUCAAUUUAAACAUUUAAAUUAGCUCAUCAAAUUGGCUCUAAAUUCGUAAAAUACAUACAUACAUUGAACAAAAACUGACUCUUUAAUGAACAAAAAUUAAAAAUCCAAUGCAAAGAAGGUUAGAGUUGUGCACCAGCAGCUAAUUACCAGCUGAAUUUAGUAGUACCAUUUCAUUUUUUGUAACCAAUUCGAUUUUUUAACAAAAAAACUAAGCUUUUGUACAUUACCUUGACCAGUAGAGGGUGCUAAUGAUCACCACCUGCCAAAGUGUCCUCUUCAGCCUUUUGUGUAUAUGUUCUGAUGACAAAGUUGCACUCAUAAUUUGCUUGAACAAAAAUAUUUUUGUAUGAAAGUAUUCGCUAUCUUGCUGUGCAGUUUUGACAAUCAGGAUGGCUUGCUCUCAACUUUGUAGAUAUACAGUACCUGUAACACAUCACAUCUGAAUCUCACGCACCAUAACACUUUUAUAGCCUUCUCAGUUCUCUGUUAGGCCUGCAGUGCUGUGCAAAAGUCAGAUUAAUUCAAUAUGUUGCACUUACUUAGAUUUAGUUUAUUACAUUUUUCUGGCAAAGGGAGAAAUGAACUGAAGAGAAGUGAAGAAGCAGCCUGGAUGAGCUGUGAAACGUAUUCGACCAAAUAAACUUUUGUCCAGAUGACAAAUUGAAUUUCUCUUUUUCCUGGAUGACUGAGGGAUUUUACACAUUACAUUUUUUUAUAUUUUUCCCCAUUAUUCCCUACCAUUCGUCAGAUAUGGACAAGGAUACUCAUUUAUUUAGACUUAAAACAUACUUUGUUUUACCAGUUUGCACUAAAUGGCAUCUUAAAGAGGGGAUAUUAUGUAUAUAUUUACUUUUUGGAGCUUUCUACCAUGUUAUAUCUUUUUUUCCUCAUCAAAAAUGUGCCUGAAGUGGUUUCAUCCAUGCAUUUUCAAAUUAUUUUGCUAUCUCCCCUGGGCCUUAUUCGAACUCAACUACAAAAUUCUCCAAAGCUCAGCCCAAAAGCGCAGCAAUUUUCCAUAAAUUAAAAAACAAGCAUGAUCUAAAAUGCAUGACAACUGAACAAACAUGAUCCGAUGUGCAGUACUUUCAAUAGUAAAAUGCACAGAUUGUAAUGUGACGGCACUGUGAAGGGGGAGUGACUCAGCAUGAGGAGCAAAGGAAGGCGAGACAUGUUCAAAACAAUAAAAAUCAACUUGGUGACCUAAAUAUGUUACGCAUUAGCAGUUAAUACCCCCAGAGCAGUGUAAUAUUUCCCUUAUUUUCAGUUUAUAUCUUUGAUUUUGGUCUCUAUUUUGUUGUGUUAAUGUUUUUUCUCACAGACACUUGUUUUCCAAAGCCCAUAAGCUGCUUUUGCACAGUACUGUACGCCACCCACUUAUCCAGCUAUUUGUACCGAUCUCUGUAAAUACUGUAACUGUACUGGUUUUAUAACAUGUGCCAUCUGAUUUCAAUGGAAGAAAUGCCUUACAUCACGUCAUCACAGUGCCUCAAAAUACAGUUAUAUGAACCAUG